ACCAAUAGUGCUUCCGAAGAGGAGGAACAGGCGGAUGAGGAAGAUAACGCGAACGAAAAGAGGAUAGUAGAAACAGAAAUGGCCGCGCCGGACGCACCACCGGAUUUUCGACUUGAGUACAUCGGUAGUUUCGUGCAGAAGAGUCUGAAAUUAAAGCCGGAAAAAUGGGGAAGAUUAUUAUUGACCGAGGAUUAUCGAAAUGUGGUGUUAGAUUUUUUGGACAAGCCGUUGCCAGCUGCUCUCUUUGUCGUUUUAACGCCGAAUGCGCAAUUAGUGGCGUCAUCGAGUUUUCCCAUAUCGUGCCAAAGAGCCAAAGGUGUCUACGCAAUCAAAGUAAAACAGGCGCCACUUCCGAAAGAUAAAGAAGGAUGUUCGGCAAUGUUGAUUGUGGGAGAUUUAUCUCAUCGUGUCGUUGAUCAAUUGGCUACUUUAGUGGAUAACAUUGUCGCUCCGCUUCUAACCAAAUCGGAAAAUCACAAAGAUUUGCCGGAAAUUGCCAUUCAAGAUAUAUGCAAACACGUGCACGCUUUGCGUGGCACAUUAUAUCAGGUGAAAGGUCAGGUGAAUGGGAGAACGGUACUGCCGAUGCCAGCAGGUCUCGAGAAGAUAACGGAAGUCGAACGAAUGGUUUCCGCAGAGGGACCACAGGCAGCCGACUUGUAUCUGAAAAGCGCGAUAGAAGGCGUGGUGAUAAAAUGGGCUUACUUGGUCAAUGAUGUUGUAACUCACGAAUCCAGCGCUGCGUUCGAAAACGGACAAAAUCCGACGCCCAAUGUCGAAUUAGAAUACUGGUCCACGAGAUUGGCAAAUUUAAGAUACAUUUACGAUCAACUGCAAGAAGACCGGGUGAGAAAGAUGGCGAUAAUACUCGAGAAAACCGACAGCGCCUAUUUCCCCUGUUUUCGUACGUUGUCCGAAAACGUGGUCUCUUCGCUGGCCGAAGCGAAGGAAAUAUCGUUAUAUUUAUCGCCAUUAGCGAAGGUCUUUAAAACCGUAGAAGAGAUCGAUUUUUCCGAAGCGAAGCCGCUGAUGGCAACUCUGAUACACUCGCUCGGAUUGGCAUGGGCGAAAUGCAAGAGUUAUCAAAGCUCCAGCAAGCUUAUCAUCAUGCUUCGACAAAUUUGCAAUUUAUUGAUACAAGAGGCGUGUCGAUUUCUCGAUCCGACGUCGAUAUUUCAGAGUGACGUAGACGAAGCUCUUCAACGCGUUCAAAUAUCGAGAGAAGUUCUCGAGGAAUUUAAAAAACAGUUCGAAUUAAGAAAGCACAUGCCGGGUCUGAAACCGGAAGCUCCAUCAUGGACGUUUAAUUCGACCGCCGUCUUCACUCGUCUCGACGCUUUUCUAAAACGACUGACGGAUAUCGAAUGGCUCUUCGACACCGUCCUCGAAUUUUCCAAGUUGGAGAAGAUUGAAAUAGGUGGCAUUCUCGGACGAUCUUUGAGUGCUAGGAUCAUAAGCGUGUACAAAGAAUUUCAGCAGCUCUUCGUCUCUUUCACCGUAAGAGCCAGUGAUGUUCUCGAGCCAGACGACGAAUCUUUUGUUGUCGACUGCACUAAGUUCUCGGAAUCCAUCACGGAUCUCGAUAGUAAAUUGGCGGCAAUUCUUUGCCAAGCUUUCGACGAUUGUGGAAAUCUCGAAAGUGUUUUUAAGUUAAUAAAUAUCGCUGGAUCGGUACUGGAACGUCCUGUGAUUCGAAAGCAAUUUACAAAUCGAUACGCUAGAAUUCUCGAACUUUUGAACAUGGAACUGUCAAUAGUUGAAGUUCUGUUCAAUCGCGGCACGAGGGGUGCUCUGAUUAAUCUACCGCCCUUAGCUGCUGCCUUGAUUUUCACCGGCAUGUUGAAACAACGUAUUGACUUGCCCAUACAAUCAUUCAAAGCCAUGCCUCAUCCUAUCGUGCACAGCGACGAAGGUAAAAAUAUAAUGGCACGUUACGAGAGAUUGAUAAAAAUAUUCGCUGAUAAGGAAGACGAACUCUUUACUGAAUGGGCGCGAACGGUUCCGCAAACUGUUGAUGUUGGCCUUAAUCGUUAUCUGCUCUCUAGAGAGGUCGACAAUAUUUUGUUACUUAAUUUCGAUCCAGAUCUUCUUGCGGUAUUGAAAGAAGUAAAUUACUUGAAACAGAUGUCACGUUCUGAUAUUCCUGAAGAAGCAAUUAAGGUAUCUGAAAAUGCGGAAACGUUUAGAAAGUUUCGCACGAUGCUGAGCGGCACCGUCGACUCCUACAAUAACAUACGGAAAACGACCAAGCGAGUAGAAUUCGAUCUAAUCGAAUUGGAAGUGGCAAGGAUCGAUUCGCUGAUAUCCCGUGGAGAAGACGAGCUCUGCUGGAGAUCAGACGGGCUUCUCGAAUAUAUAACGGAAUUAGGCGACCUUGUGGAAGGACUCUGGAAGCGCAUGAAGGCCGUUCAAUCGAACCUAGAGAAGAUCAGAAAUAUUUUAGAACCUUGGACCAAGACGCCUCUCAUUGAACGAAAGGAUCGUCGUAAGGACACACUGCUCGCCUUGGAGGAUCGUUCGGAAAAAGUAUCAAAACGUUACGCGGAGAUCACAAAGGCCGCUGAGCAAAUACAUUCGAUAUUGGAAGAAAAUCAGGCACUUUUCCAAAUCAGCGAGACUGAUCAAGAAGCUUGGCGGGAAUACGUGAACUACAUCGAUGACAUUGUUAUCGAGUCCCUUCGAAAAGCAGUCGGAUGUUCUCUAGGAUAUUUGGCGGAAAGCAUGGAUCCCAUCGGUCAUUGCGAACCUUUACUCGAAGCCAAAUUAGAGCUGAGAGAACCAGAUUUGUAUUAUAUACCGUCGUUGGAACCCGAAGAUCCCGACGGACUUGAUCAGCUCAUUGUUGGUUUGUUAAAUGACAUCACCGGUAUGGCCGCUUUGAUACCGCGAUUAAAAAAAGAUUCUGCGGGAUAUGCCGAAGAACUGUCAGAGGACGCUGAUAUUAAAGGAAUGAAAGAUGAGAUAUUGACAUGUGUAUCUACCGCAGUGGAGGAAGCCACCGAUUUCUGUAGUAACUUUGAAGGCUACGCCUAUCUAUGGCUGGAUGAUAGAGAUGUUGUGAUGCAACAAUUUCUCGAAUACAGCCGACAAUUGUCAGUAGAGGAAAUGGACAUGGUGGCGGCUCAGGAUCCUAAAGGACCGACGAAGUCACCGCCGAAAAUGGAGCAAUUUCGCGAACAAAUCGACCUUUACGAGGGCCUCUAUCUCGAGAUCGAGGAAAUGGAUCUGUCCAAAGUAUUUUGCGGCUGGUUCAGGGUAGAUCUUAGACCCUUCAGACAGUCGGUACUAAACACGGUGUGCAAAUGGUCGAGCAUGUUCAAAAAACAUUUGGUCGAUCGUGUAACAACCAGUUUGUCAGAUCUAGGGACAUUCAUAAGAUUAGCGGACGAAGGAUUGUUACAGCAAGUACAACCAGGUGAUUAUACCGCUCUGGUCAGCGUAAUGGGCUAUCUGCUACAAGUGAAAGAACGCCAGCCAACUACAGACGAGAUGUUCCAGCCAUUAGAAGAAACUAUUGAGUUGCUCAAGUUCUAUGAUCAAGAUAUACCUGAAGAAGUAAACGUGCUGCUGCAAGAAUUGCCGGAGCAAUGGGCAAACACGAAAAAACUCGCUCUUAUGGUGAAACAGCAAGUUGCGCCAUUACAGGCAGGCGAAGUAUCGAGAAUUCGCGGUCGAAUCUCCGCGUUCGAUAUUACAAUAACUCAGUAUCGAGAAGCGUUUCGGCGAUAUACAUUUUUUAAAUACGACUGCAAGAAUCCGUACGAGCUACUAGACGAGGCGCACAAAGAAAUUCUCAUGUUGGAACGUCAAAUGAAGGACAUUCAAGAUUCCGCGUCGCUAUUUGAGGUGACGGUACCCGAAUUUAAGCAACUGAAACAAUGCAGAAGAGAACUGAAAAUGCUCAAGCAGCUCUGGGACUAUGUAAAUAUAGUACAGAGCAGUAUCGAGGGUUGGAAAACGACACCCUGGAGGAAAAUUGACGUCGAAAAUAUGGACAUCGAGUGCAAGAAAUUCGCGAAGGAGAUACGUGCACUGGACAAAGAAAUGAGGCCGUGGGACACGUACAUAUCGUUGGAGGCUACGGUGAAGAACAUGCUUACGUCAUUGCGCGCCGUGGGAGAAUUGCAAAAUCCGGCUAUUCGAGAGAGACACUGGCGGCAACUAAUGAAUAGUACUAAGGUUCGUUUUGUAAUGGACGAAUCGACGACUCUAGCCGAUCUACUCGAGUUGAAUCUCCACGAAUGCGAGGAAGAAGUUAAAAAUAUCGUUGAUAAAGCAGUUAAAGAAAUGUCAAUGGAAAAAUACAUGAAAGAAUUAAAUAUUACGUGGUCGAAAAUGGAAUUCGAACGAGAAGUCCAUGCUCGAACGGGAGCUACUUUAAUAAGAGCUAGCGAAGAAUUAAUUGAGACGCUAGAAGAAAAUCAGGUGCAGUUGCAGAAUCUGAUCACCUCGAAGUUUAUCGCGCAUUUCUUAGAGGAGGUGUCGUCGUGGCAGAAAAAGUUAAGCAUUGCCGAUCAGGUAACGACCGUAUGGUUUGAAGUUCAACGCACCUGGAUGCAUCUUGAGAGCAUUUUCAUGUCGUCGGAAGAUAUCCGACGGCAAUUGCCGGUUGAUGCCGAGCGGUUCGAUCGUAUAGAUAAGGAAUUCAAGGAGAUGACAGAGGAAAUGGCGAAAACGCCGAACGUCGUCGAGGCGACGAAUAAGGACGGUCUUGUAUCCGCUCUUGACAUUUUGCAAAAAGAGCUCGUACUAUGCGAAAAGGCCUUAGCGGAAUAUUUGGAAACAAAACGCCUAGCCUUUCCGCGAUUUUAUUUCGUUUCUUCCAGCGAUUUGUUGGACGUACUCUCGAACGGAAAUCAACCGGAAGUGGUGGCAAAACAUUUGACAAAAUUGUUCGAUUCCAUGGCGCGCCUAAAUUUCGACAACAAGAACACUUCGUUAAAACGCGUCUUGGGCAUGUUUGCCAAGGACGGUGAAUAUGUGGAAUUCGCGAACUGUGAAAUGAUUUGCGAAGGACCUGUGGAAGCGUGGCUAAAUCGUCUGCAGAGAGCCAUGCGCGUAUCUAUUCGGCAUUAUUUUAACGAGGCGGUGGUCGCGUACGAAGAGAAACCGCGAGAACAAUGGCUGUUCGACUAUCCGGCCCAGGUGUCUCUUUGUGGAACACAAAUCUGGUGGACCACCGAAGUUAACAUCGCUUUCGCGCGUCUCGAGGAAGGCUACGACAAUGCCAUCAAGGAUUAUUUAAAAAAACAAAUCUCGCAGUUAAGCACUCUCAUCACUCUGCUGAUAGGCGAACUGACCAAACAAGAGAGACAGAAAGUCAUGACCAUUUGCACGAUAGACGUGCAUUCCAGAGAUGUCGUGGCGAAGUUGGUUCAGUCGAAGGUGGAAACUUCGCAGGCUUUUCAAUGGCAGAGCCAGCUGCGACACAGAUGGGACGAGAAGGAGAAGGAUUGCUUUGCAAAUAUUUGCGACGCGCAGUUCAAAUAUUCUCACGAGUACCUCGGCAAUACACCCAGAUUGGUCAUAACGCCGUUAACGGACAGGUGUUACAUUACUUUGACGCAAUCUCUGCAUCUCAUAAUGGGCGGUGGUCCAGCUGGGCCAGCCGGGACCGGAAAGACCGAAACAACGAAAGAUCUCGGCAGAGCUCUCGGUAUAAUGGUAUACGUGUUCAAUUGUUCCGAGCAGAUGGAUUAUAAGUCUUGCGGCAACAUAUACAAAGGUCUGGCGCAGACUGGCGCGUGGGGUUGUUUCGAUGAAUUCAACAGAAUCACGGUCGAGGUGCUGUCGGUAGUGGCCGUGCAAGUAAAAUCGAUUCAGGACGCGAUCAGAGACAAGAAGGAGAAAUUUAAUUUCAUGGGCGAAAUAAUAGCGCUCGAACCUACCGUUGGCAUAUUCAUAACCAUGAAUCCCGGUUACGCCGGGCGCACGGAGUUGCCGGAAAAUUUGAAAGCACUUUUUCGACCUUGCGCCAUGGUGGUGCCCGAUUUCGAAUUGAUAUGCGAAAUAAUGUUAGUUGCCGAAGGAUUUCAAGACGCCAGAGUACUCGCGAGAAAAUUCAUUACGCUGUACACAUUGUGCAAGGAAUUAUUGUCUAAACAGGAUCAUUACGAUUGGGGUUUGAGAGCGAUAAAGUCAGUUCUCGUGGUCGCCGGCAGUUUGAAGAGAGGCGAUCCCGGCAGACCGGAAGAAGAAGUAUUAAUGAGAGCUUUGAGAGACUUCAACAUUCCCAAAGUGAUAUCGGACGAUCUUCCGGUGUUUAUGGGGCUGAUAGCAGAUUUGUUUCCCGCGUUGGAUGUGCCCAGAAAGAGAGACGUCGAGUUCGAGAAGAUGGUCAAGCAAGCGGCUGCUGAUUUAAGUUUGCAACCGGAAGACGGAUUUAUUCUCAAAGUCGUGCAACUCGAGGAGCUAUUGGAAGUGAGACAUUCUGUCUUCAUUGUAGGCAUAGCUGGUUCCGGAAAGACUCAAGUGUGGAAGACGUUGUUCAAGACUUAUCACAACAUGAAGAGAAAGCCGGUCUAUAAUGAUCUCAAUCCUAAAGCGGUAACGAACGACGAACUGUUCGGAAUUAUCAAUCCAGCGACAAGAGAAUGGAAAGACGGUCUCUUCUCGGUGAUCAUGAGAGAACAGGCAAAUCUGGGUGGCGAGAAUCCGAAGUGGAUCGUUUUGGACGGCGACAUCGAUCCAAUGUGGAUCGAAUCUCUGAACACCGUUAUGGACGACAACAAGGUUCUGACGUUGGCUAGCAACGAACGGAUUGCGCUGACGCCGGUGAUGAGAUUACUCUUCGAAAUCUCGAAUCUGAGAACCGCUACACCCGCCACGGUCUCGCGAGCCGGUAUUUUGUACAUAAAUCCACAAGAUUUGGGAUGGAAUCCUUACGUGACCAGUUGGGUCGAGAAGCGGCCUUUGCCAAAUGAGAAAUCGAAUCUGGUCAUGCUCUUCGACAAAUAUAUUCCGACUUGUCUCGAGACUCUAAGAACCAGAUUCAAGAAAAUAACACCCAUAGCAGACAUGGCGCACGUCGAGAUGUUGUGCCACCUUCUUCAUUGUCUUUUAAAACCGGAACUGACAGCUACCGAAUUUUACAAAGAGCAUUACGAACUCUACUUCGUGUUCGCAGCUGUCUGGGCUUUUGGUUCCGCCAUGUUUCUGGAUCAAACGGUAGAUUACCGAGUGGAGUUUACCAAAUGGUGGAUCAACGAAUUCAAACAGGUGAAGUUUCCAUCUCAAGGCACGGUGUUUGAUUAUUACAUCGACAACGAGACCAAGAGUUUUGUUCUUUGGACAGAACGUCUACCGAAGUUCGAAUUGGAUCCAGAGCUACCUUUACAAACUGUUCUGGUGCACACGUCAGAGUCCAUCAGAAUAAGAUACUUCUUGAAUCUGUUGAUGCCGGACAAGCAUCCGAUAAUGUUGGUCGGUCCGGCUGGUUGCGGCAAAACUGUUCUGGUCGCCGAGAAACUUCUUCAGCUUUCUGAGAACUACGCGGUAGCUAAUGUGCCGUUUAACUUCUACACUUCGUCCGAAAUGUUGCAGAAGAUUCUGGAAAAAUCAUUGGAGAAAAAAGCAGGCAGAAAUUACGGUCCGCCGGGAAAUAAAACUUUGGUUUAUUUCAUCGACGACAUGAAUAUGCCGGAAGUGGACACUUACGGCACUGUUCAGCCUCACACGCUUAUCAGACAACACUUGGAUUACGGUCAUUGGUACGAUCGUACGAAACUGACCCUGAAAGAUAUUCACAAUUGUCAAUACGUCAGUUGCAUGAAUCCGACUGCCGGAUCGUUUACGAUAAAUCCGAGAUUGCAGAGACACUUUGCUGUAUUUGCUGUUAGCUUUCCAAACAUAGAAUCAUUGACAACUAUAUACGCCUCCAUUUUGUCACAACAUCUUGCUAAUGUGGAGCACAGGUUUCCUCUAAACGUCACCGAACUAUGCCCUAACAUUGUACAAGCGACCAUUCAAUUACAUCAUCGUUGCGCGCAAAUGUUUCUACCAACAGCGGUGAAAUUUCAUUAUAUUUUCAAUCUUCGCGACCUUUCCAACUGUUUUCAAGGUCUAUUGUUCAGUGGCAACGAGUGUUUGCAGUGUUCGAUAGAUUUGAUCAGACUUUGGAUGCACGAGACUCAACGUGUUUACGGAGAUAAAUUAACAGAUGAGAAAGACAACGAGAGUUUUUUGAAACUGCAACUCGACAUUCUGAAAAAAAAUGUAGAAGAAGUGGACGAAGGGGCGAUUCUAGAAAAGCCGAACAUUUAUUGUCAUUUUGCAGGAGGAGUUGGAGAGCCGAAGUAUAUGCCCGUCAAAGAUUGGGCGACUUUGCAUCGCCUCUUGUCAGAAGCAAUGAUCAGUUAUAACGAUUUGGUGGCCGCAAUGAACUUGGUACUUUUCGAAGAUGCCAUGAUGCACGUGUGCCGUGUGAACAGAAUUCUGGAAGCGCCCAGAGGCAGCGCGCUUUUAGUGGGUGUGGGUGGUUCCGGCAAACAAAGUCUCUCACGAUUAGCAGCUUUUAUAAGCUCAUUGGAAGUAUUUCAAGUUCAGUUGAAAAAAGGUUACGGCGUGACCGAUCUAAAACUGGAACUCGCGGCCUUGUAUUCAAAAGCGGGAUUGAAAAAUCUGGGCAUUAUGUUUCUGAUGACGGACGCACAAGUGCCGAACGAGCAAUUUCUAGUUCUCAUCAACGACAUGCUCGCGUCAGGCGAGGUUCCCGAUUUAUUUGCCGAAGACGAAGUGGAAAAUAUUAUAGCAGGAGUUCGUAACGAGGUGAAAGGCGCGGGUAUGUUAGACACACGCGAAAAUUGCUGGAAGUUCUUCAUCGAUCGGGUUCGUCGACAGCUCAGAGUAGUUCUGUGCUUCUCUCCGGUCGGUUCUACAUUGCGAGUUAGAUCCAGAAAAUUUCCGGCAAUUAUAAAUUGCACAAUGAUAAACUGGUUCCACGAGUGGCCGCAGGAAGCAUUGAUGUCUGUAUCGAAGAGAUUUUUACAGGAACUAGAAGAACUGUCGGAAAGUUAUAGAGAAUCAGCUGCGAAAUUUAUGGCUCAUGCUCACACCAGCGUAAAUAUAGCCAGUCGUCAUUAUCUGAUCAGCGAACGUCGAUACAACUAUACAACUCCGAAAUCGUUUUUGGAACAGAUAAGUUUGUACAUACGAUUGUUAAAAACGAAAGCUUCCGAACUACGUGCUAAAGUAGCCAGACUGGAAAACGGCCUGGACAAAUUGAGAUCAACGGCUGUGGAAGUGGAUAAGUUAAAAAAGAAGUUGGCCGUGCAAGAAGUGGAAUUGCAGCAGAAGAACGAAGCUGCGGACGCUCUGAUCGCUAUAGUUGGCGUCGAAACCGAGAAAGUUCAAAAAGAGAAAGCGAUAGCGGACGAGGAGGAGACCAAAGUGGCCAUAAUAGCCGAUGAGGUUUCGAAAAAGCAAAAAGAUUGCGAGGCGGACUUGUUGAAGGCCGAACCCGCUUUGCUGGCCGCACAAGAAGCUUUAAAUACUCUGAACAAGGCAAAUCUAACUGAACUGAAAUCAUUCGGUUCACCUCCCGGUGCUGUAACGAACGUAACCGCUGCAGUCAUGGUUCUUUUGGCACCAGCUGGCAAAGUACCCAAGGAUCGAAGCUGGAAGGCUGCCAAGAUUGUGAUGGCAAAAGUAGAUACGUUCCUGGAUUCCUUGAUCAAUUAUGACAAGGAGAACAUACAUCCCGAAGUAAUUAAAGCGAUACAGCCGUAUUUAAAGGAUUCCGAAUUCGAGCCUGAGUUCGUGAGAUCAAAAUCGGCCGCCGCGGCGGGUUUGUGCGCCUGGGUGAUCAAUAUUAUCAAGUUUUACGAAGUGUUCUGCGACGUGGAACCGAAACGAAAAGCGCUCGCUCAUGCAAACGCGGAGCUGGCCGCAGCUCAGGACAAACUUAGCGGUAUCAAACGAAAAGUGGCUUCCUUGGAAGAGCAAUUAGCAAAGCUAACGGCCGACUUCGAGAAAGCAACGUCCGAAAAAUUAAAAUGUCAGCAGGAAGCAGACGCCACCAACUCGACAAUCGCAUUGGCGAACAGAUUAGUCGGUGGCUUAGCAUCGGAGAAUGUUCGCUGGGCUGAUUCGGUUGCAAACUUUAUGCAGCAAGCGUCAACACUACCCGGCGAUGUACUGCUGGUGACCGCUUUCAUAUCUUACGUCGGUUGUUUCACAAAACAAUUCCGACAGGAUUUGCUAAGCAAGCAAUGGUUGCCGUUCAUACGCACCGUGGAACCGGCGAUCCCAAUUACCGAAGGUCUCGAUCCUCUCUCGCUGUUAACGGACGACACGCAAAUCGCCAAAUGGAAUAACGAGGGAUUACCGAACGAUCGAAUGUCGACAGAGAACGCCACUAUAUUGAGCAACUCCGAUCGCUGGCCGCUAAUGAUAGAUCCACAGUUGCAAGGAAUAAAGUGGAUCAAACAAAAAUACGGAGAUGAGCUGAAAGUGAUCAGAUUAGGUCAACGCGGUUACCUGGAUGUAAUCGAGUUGUCGUUAGCGAACGGAUCAACGGUCUUGUUGGAGAAUAUAGGAGAAAACGUAGACCCGGUCUUGGAUCCUCUGCUUGGUCGAAAUUUAAUCAAGAAGGGUCGGGCUAUUAAGAUCGGCGAUAAAGAGGUCGAAUACAAUUCUAUGUUUCGAUUGCUGCUGCACACGAAGCUGGCUAAUCCCCAUUACAAGCCGGAAAUGCAGGCGCAAACCACGCUGAUCAAUUUCACGGUGACGAGGGACGGUUUGGAGGAUCAACUGCUUGCGGAAGUGGUUAAGGCCGAGAGACCAGAUUUGGAGGAGUUAAAGGCCGAGCUUACCAGGCAACAGAAUGACUUUAAGAUUACUCUCAACAGUCUCGAAGAUUCGCUUCUCUCGAGACUGUCAUCAGCCGGCAGUAACGUUCUCGAAGACACAUCUCUCGUGGAGAACUUGGAGACCACCAAGCGAACCGCAGGGGAGAUUGAGUUGAAAGUUACAGAGGCUCGAGGUACCAGUCGGCAAAUUGACGCAGCUCGAGAAUUAUAUCGGCCAGCAGCGGCGAGAGCCUCAUUGUUAUAUUUUAUUCUAAACGACUUGAACACAAUCAAUCCGAUCUAUCAAUUUUCAUUAAAGGCUUUCAGCGUGGUCUUUCAGAAAGCGAUCUUAAAAGCCGAUCCCGCGCCCGAUGUCACAAGCAGAGUGCAGAAUCUUAUCGAAUGCAUCACGUAUUCGGUCUUUAUGUACACCAGCAGAGGUCUCUUUGAAUGCGACAAGCUGAUCUUCGCCUCGCAAAUGGCUUUUCAAAUUUUAUUGGCGAGAAACGAAGUUACGGCCGGCGAGCUGGACUUCCUCUUAAGAUUUCCUAUAACGCCGCACGUUACCUCGCCGGUCGAUUUCCUUACCAAUACAAGUUGGGGCGGCAUACGAAGCCUUUCCACGAGGGAAGAGUUUCGAAAUCUGGAUCGGGACAUUGAGAGUUCCGCCAAACGAUGGAAGAAGUUCGUCGAGUGCGAAUGCCCGGAGCGUGAAAAGUUUCCUCAAGAGUGGAAAAAUAAAACGGCUAUACAACGUCUAUGCAUGUUGAGAGCUUUGAGGCCGGACAGAAUGACGUAUGCCAUUGCCGCGUUUAUCGAGGAAAAGCUUGGUCAGAAAUACAUCGAGGCGAGAACGGUUGAGUUUGCAAAAUCUUUCGAGGAAACCAGUCCGGGCACUCCAAUAUUUUUCAUUCUAUCUCCCGGAGUUAACCCGCUAAAGGACGUAGAGGAUCUAGGUCGCCGUCUCGGUUUUACGUCAGACAAUCAAAACUUCCAUAACGUGUCUCUUGGUCAAGGGCAAGAAGCAGUCGCCGAACAAGCUAUGGAUGUAGCGGCCAAGAAUGGUCACUGGGUAGUGUUGCAAAACAUACAUCUAGUUAAAAAGUGGCUGCCGCUACUAGAAAAAAAACUGGAAGUGGCCGCGGAUGGUUCUCAUCUCGAUUACAGAAUGUUUAUGAGCGCGGAACCGGCUGGCACGCCAGCUGGCCAUAUAAUACCUCAAGGUAUUCUGGAAUCGUCAAUUAAAAUCACAAACGAACCACCCACUGGUAUGCAAGCUAAUUUACAUAAGGCUUUGGAUAAUUUUACUCAGGAAACUCUAGAAAUGUGUUCGAAAGAAGCUGAAUUCAAAGCGAUAUUAUUCUCAUUAUGUUAUUUUCACGCUGUCGUCGCGGAGCGUCGUAAAUUCGGAUCUCAAGGCUGGAACAAAAUAUAUCCUUUCAACGUGGGAGAUCUAAACAUAAGUGUCAGUGUGUUGUAUAAUUAUUUAGAAGCAAGUCCGAAAGUACCGUGGGAAGAUUUAAGGUAUCUCUUCGGAGAAAUUAUGUACGGCGGUCAUAUAACAGACGACUGGGACAGAAGACUUUGUGUGUCGUAUCUCGAAGAAUUAAUGCAGCCCGAUCUGAUCGACGGAGAAUUGCAAUUGGCGCCAGGUUUUUCCGCGCCUCCCAACACAGACUUAAUCGGCUAUCACACGUACAUUGACGAAGCCAUACCACCGGAAUCUCCGUAUUUAUACGGAUUACAUCCGAAUGCGGAGAUCGGUUUUUUAACAAUGACGGCGGAGAAUUUAUUUCGAACAGUCUUCGAAAUGCAACCACGUGACACCGGCAGCUCGGGAGGACAGACUGUUACCAGAGAAGAAAAGGUGAAACAGGUACUGGACGAGAUACUGGAGAAACUGCCGGAGGAGUUUAACAUGAUGGAAAUCAUGGGAAAGGUGGAGGAACGAACGCCUUACGUUAUCGUUGCGUUUCAAGAAUGCGAGAGAAUGAAUUAUCUGACGACCGAGAUCAAACGAUCGUUGCGCGAGUUAGAUUUGGGUCUCAAAGGCGAGCUUACUAUAACAUCGGACAUGGAGGACUUGGAAAACGCGUUGUUCUUCGAUCAGGUUCCACCUGUAUGGGCCAGCAGAGCUUAUCCGUCUUUAUUGGGUCUAACCGCCUGGUUCGUCGAUCUACUGCUGAGAAUAAGAGAACUGGAAACCUGGUCUACGGAUUUUGUUUUGCCGGCGUCGGUUUGGCUCGCCGGGUUUUUUAAUCCCCAAUCGCUACUCACCGCCAUCAUGCAAUCAACGGCCAGGAGGCACGAGUUGCCGCUCGAUAAAAUGUGCCUUCAAUGCGACGUGACCAAAAAGAACAAGGAGGAGUUCACGUCAGCACCGAGGGACGGGGCUUACGUUCACGGAAUAUUUAUGGAAGGUGCACGCUGGGACGUCCAAACGGGAAUCAUCGUCGACUCCAGACCAAAAGAAUUAUAUCCGACCAUGCCGGUGAUUAAUGUACGCGCGAUCACGCAGGACAAACAGGAUUUGAGGAACAUGUACGAGUGUCCGGUGUACAAGACACGCACUCGCGGCCCGACGUACGUGUGGACAUUCAAUUUGAAGACCAAGGACAAACCGGCCAAAUGGACUUUGGCUGGCGUCGCUCUGCUGCUACAAACUUAAAUGGAAUAUUCUCUUGUUAUCUAAUAACAAGGUAAUUGGCAGAAAUAAAUGAUCAAAUAGUUAAAUAACACCGCGUGAAUAAAUUGACGCUUGUCACCGAUCUUAAAUUAAUUGUGUAUAUUGUUGCUUAUUC